GCGACACAUUAAGUGCGCCAAAACGGUAUUUAUUGUGAGAAUUUAGUAUUAAAACAUACAAAAUUUGUAAACUGAGACUUUGUUUCAAAAGCGGGGUUGUCACUUUGGCGUGAGAUUUACAUGAGCAGCGUGAGACGGAGCCUGCUGCGUGAGAGUUGGCAGCCCUGGACACAUUUUUUCCUAGCGUCAGUGUGCUAGCAAAGCAGUAAUCUCAACAUUUGCUGGCCAAACACAUUACUUUUAGAAACUGAAGGAAGCAGCUAGGUUACAUAGUCAGAAGACCGUUUUGAUCAACUUGAUGAAUUUGAUCAACGUAUGAAUGCAUCAGUAGCACCUGCAGUUUAUAUUACUUACUGUCAUCUGACUGCAGCAGGGGUUGUUACAGGAGUUUUGUAGUUUUAAUAUGAACAAGUUAAAAAAUUUACUACAGUCCUAGCAUUUUACAGGGACAGAUAUGUUUUUCCAAGUAUGAGAGAAAGCUAGAUUUUUCCUUUUGUAUCGGCUAAUGUGGUUUUCAGAGUGUUCUAGUGCGUUUUUAUGUUAACCAGAGGCGGUAAGGUAACACAACGCCUGGCACGCACGAAAUUCAACUAAACGCGGUAACACUGAGCGCACGCGCGCUAGUGCAGCAAGCGAUUGGGUGAGGUAGAGCUAGCGCGAACAACAAAACCUUUAUUCAAAUUCGCUUCCGUAAUCUAGGUGUAGAGACGAAGCUAGAAUGCCAACCGCCAAUAAACAUUAGAAGAAGAAGAAGAAGAAGAAGAAGGAGGAGGAGGUGUAGAGACACAAGACGAUUUUCAACGAGACUCCCUAAAAAUAAACGCAAAUAUGCAGAGCAAUAAAGUUGAAGAAAUCACGGAGAAGUUAAAGAGCAGUCUGUCUAUAGACACAGAGAAGAUGGACAAAUACUACAGGUACCGACAGGAGGGGAAGGAGGCUGCCAUGCGUGAUGAUCUGCCUCAUGCCCUUGAGCGGUUUCAGCUGGCUUACCAGCUGAAGCCGAGUGACAAGCUGAAGAAACGGAUCCAGGCCAUACAGGAUCGCAUUCAGAGAGAUGAGGAGGAAGAUGAGGAGAAGGAGGAAUUUGUGGAUGUGAAUAAUAGUGGAUUGAAGCUUUAUAAAUGGCUCUACGACAAACUGUAUGACCAUCAGAAAGAGGGUGUGGCGUUCCUGUACAGUCUCCACCGCGACGAAAGGAAAGGAGGAAUCCUGGCUGAUGACAUGGGCCUUGGCAAGACCAUUCAGGUCAUUUCGUUUUUGUCAGGGAUGUACGAUGCAAAGCUGGCCAAUCAUACCCUGUUAGUCAUGCCUACCUCGCUCAUAUCGAACUGGGUACGUGAGUUCAACAAGUGGACUCCUGGCAUAAGGGUGGAAGAGUUUCAUGGCACCAAAAAAACUCACCGGAACAGGAACCUGGAGCAAAUCCAGUGCAGAGGAGGAGUCAUCAUUACCACCUACCAGAUGCUCAUCAACAACUAUGAGCAGCUUGCAUCAUAUCACCAACGUGAGUUCGAAUGGGACUACGUCAUCCUGGACGAGGCCCACAAAAUCAAAUCCUCAUCCACUAAAACCGCUAAAAGCGCUCGCGCCAUCCCCGCUAGACAGCGUGUGCUACUGACGGGCACUCCAGUUCAGAAUAACCUACAAGAGAUGUGGGCUCUGUUUGAAUUUGCUUGCCACGGGUCGCUUCUGGGAACCUACAAAACAUUCAAAACAGAGUAUGAGAAUCCAAUCACACGUGCAAGAGAGAAAGACGCCACUCCAGGAGAGAAAGCUCUUGGAUUGAAGAUUUCUCAGAACUUGAUAGACAUCAUCAAACCUUAUUUUCUCAGGCGGACCAAAGCAGAUGUUCAGCAUAAAAAGCAGAAACGUGAAGAAGGCUUUGAAGAUGAGGAAGAUCAAGAGAACAAAUGUCCAAAUGCUGGCGAAGGCAUUGAAAUGCCAUCAUUGACACGAAAGAACGAUCUAAUCGUGUGGACGUACCUCAGCUCAGCUCAGGAGGGCAUUUAUAAACAGUUCAUCUUGCUGGAUCAUAUUAAGGAGUUGCUGAUGACUAACAGAACGCCACUGUCUGAGCUUACGGCGUUAAAAAAGCUCUGUGACCAUCCCAGACUCCUGUCUAAUCGAGCUGUGACUCAACUAGGCCUGGAGCAAGGUUCUGCCUCUAUCCAUCCAGAUGAUGAGACUGAGUCGGCUGUGAGUCAGAUCAGAAACAUCUCAGAUGAGACUUUGGUUGCAGAGUCAGGGAAGCUGCAGUUUCUCGUGUCUCUAAUGGAAUGUCUCCGUGAAGAGGGCCAUCGGACCCUGAUCUUCUCCCAGUCGAGGAAGAUGUUAGACAUCAUAAAGCGUGUCUUGCUUAACAGAAACUUUUGCCUUCUGUGCUUGGAUGGCACAGUGACGCAACUGGCAGAAAGGGAGAAGCGUAUCAAGUUGUUCCAGACAGACAAACGCUACACAAUCUUUCUUCUCACCACUCAGGUGGGCGGAGUCGGCAUCACAUUAACUGCAGCAAACCGUGUUGUGAUCUUUGACCCCAGCUGGAACCCUGCAACAGAUGCUCAGGCUGUGGACCGUGCCUACCGAAUUGGCCAAACCAAAAAUGUCAUCAUCUAUCGACUCAUCACCUGUGGCACUGUGGAGGAGAAAAUCUACCGCAGACAGGUGUUUAAAGAAUCUCUCAUCCGGCAGACGACUGGCGAUAAGAAGAACCCUUUCCGUUACUUCAGUAAGCAGGAGCUGCAAGACCUGUUUAAACUCAAAGACACACGCUCGUCUACCACUCAGCAGCAGCUGCAGGCAAUGCACGCACACCACCGCCACUCUGACACUAGCCUGGACCAGCACAUCGCUCGCCUUCACACCAUGGAGAUGUUUGGCAUCUCUGAUCAUGACCUCAUGUUCACUAAAGAGGUGGCACCUCACGAAGAUGACCCAGAGGAUGAAGAGUCACAUAAGUACAUACAAACACGUGUCCAGAAAGCACAAGAGCUCAUGCAGGCGGAAUCAGAACUGCAUGACCAGCUUAUGGACAGCAUGGCCCAGAACACCGAACCUGCUUGGCUCAGGCAAACAGGGCAGCCGAAAUCUGCUAGUAGAGACUGCUCAGCCCCUCCACAUACCAAAAACAAGCCGGUGACAGUGGAUCUGACAUAUGACUGCUUCGAUGAGCCAGAACUAGAGAACGAUGAGCAGAACUUUCCAACAGUUCAGGACGUGGAGAUGGAAGUUGUAAGUGAAGAAGUGCAAAUUUUAGAUGAAGAAGACCAAGUGAAAAAUGAGUCUCCUUGGUCUGGUGGAGAAAGAAAUGUGCAUGUUAGCCCUGCUGCUGACAAGCUAGCUGAUGCUGUGAUCAUGCUGGAUGACAGUUUAGAUGAGGAGGACGUGUUUUAUGAUAAUGGUGCAUCAGAGAAACAAAACUCUGUGCAUGACUUGCCAAGUCCUUCUCGCCAUUUUCCAAAGUUGGAAGAGCUUUCGAUAGCAUCUGAUGCCCUUGAUAACCAAGAGGUUCAGGUGGACAAGCCCAAUUCGACAGUGCUUUUGUCACCCCAAUCUCCACAUGAUGCCACAGCGGGAGAGUCUUUUAAAGCAGAGGUGGAAAUGCUUCAGGGAAACUUCAACUUGCAGCUGGAGGACAGUGCAAAUAUGUUCUCCAUUGAAGAAGAGGAAGAUCGUGAUGUGGAGGAGUCACUAGCAGAGGAAAGUCCUGAGUUUCAGCUUCAGAUGGAUGUUAGUGGGGAAAGGCUGGAAGAAGCAAGCAUCCAUGAAAGCAAACAAUAUGGUAACCAAAACAAUAGUGAAAUCAGUAACUGCAACAACAGUGAGAUCAUUAGCCCUAACAUUGGUGAAAUCAGCAAACACGAAUCUCUUCUGAGAAUCCGUUCUGCUCCGGACACACCUGCGGAAGACUCCUUUGUGCAUUCAGUUCGGAGAAGGAAAAGGCAGAUCAUCUCUGAUACUGAUGAAGAAGAGGAGGAGUCAGAGAAGUCAUGUUUAACAAGCAGCCCAUUGGCUGAUAGCCUCAGCAGGCUGGGCUCUUUAACACCGAAAUACACUUUGACUGACGGCGGCCAACUCCAGUGCAGCUUGAACACUUCCGUGGCAUCAAGAAGGUCCUUCAUAAUGUCCAUACUGGAGAAUGAGUCUGAUGAGGAGUCAGAAGAGCCCAGCGAAAAUAAAAACAAAUUCAAUGAGAUAUCAGCAGCUAGUGAAAAUCAUGUAGAUGAAUCUGUGUUAGAAGAGGAGGAGCCCAGUGGAGGCAAAACCAAAUCCUGUGAGACUUCUGAAGCCAGUGAAACUCAUGCAGAUGAAUCUGUGGUGAAGCCAGAAGCCAGUGAAACUCAUGCAGAUGAGUCUGUGGUGGAAGAGGAGGAGCCCAGUGAAGGCAAAACCAAAUCCUAUGAGACCUCUGAAGCCAGUAAAACUCAUGCAGAUGAAUCUGUGGUGGAAGAGGAGGAGCCCAGUGGAGGCAAAACCAAAUCCUAUGAGACCUCUGAAGCCAGUAAAACUCAUGCAGAUGAAUCUGUGAUGGAGGAGGAGGAGCCUAAUGGAGGCAAAACCAAAUCCUAUGAGACCUCUGAAGCCAGAGAAACUCAUGCAGAUGAAUCUGUGAUGGAGGAGCCCAGUGGAGGCAAAACCAAAUUGGAUGAGACCUCUGAAGCUAGUGAAACUCAUGCAGAUAAAUCCGUGAUGGAGGAGGAGGAGCCUAAUGGAGGCAAAACCAAAUCCUAUGAGUCCUCUGAAGCCAGUGAAACUCAUGCAGAUGAAUCUGUGAUGGAGGAGCCCAGUGGAGGCAAAACCAAAUUGGAUGAGUCCUCUGAAGCCAGUGAAACUCAUGCAGAUGAAUCUGUGAUGGAGGAGCCCAGUGGAGGUAAAACCAAAUUGGAUGAGACCUCUGAAGCCAGUGAAACUCAUGCAGAUGAGUCUGUGGUGGAGGAGGAGAAGCCCAAUGGAGGUAAAACUAAAUCUUAUGAGUCCUGUGAAGCCAGUGAAACUCAUGCAGAUGAAUCUGUGAUAGAGGAGCUCAGUGGAGGCAAAACCAAAUUGGAUGAGACCUCUGAAGCCAGUGAAACUCAUGCAGAUGAGUCUGUGGUGGAGGAGGAGAAGCCCAAUGGAGGUAAAACUAAAUCCUAUGAGUCCUGUGAAGCCAGUGAAACUCAUGCAGAUGAAUCUGUGGUGGAGGAGGAGGAGCCCAAUGGAGGCAAAAUCAAAUCCUAUGAGAUCUUUGAAGCCAGUGAAACUCAUGCAGAUGAAUCUGUGGUGGAGGAGGAGGAGCCCAGUGGAGAGACUUUAAACUCAGAAGAGUCCGAAACUCACAAGGAGCUUGAAGAGGUGGAAGAAAGUGUAGAUUCAAGAAAAUACCAGGAGGAAGAAGAAUGGCACAGUGCCCUGCUUGAAUCCACUGCUGAUUUUGAACUAGACUCCAAUGAAAUGAUGGACCAGUGUGCCCCUAAAGCAUUCCCUCCGGAAACACACAUUCUUCCUGUUAGUUCCACAAGCAGUGAUGUGACUGAUGAUAUACCUUCUGAGAACACAUAUGAGAUGCUGGUCCUGUCUGGGAAACAGUGUUUGGCAGAAGGGAGGAAGCAAGAGGCUCUGGAUUUCUUUCUAAAGGCCAUAGACAUUAGUAUUGGUGAUGCUGAGAUCCAGCUUUUGAUUAUUCUGUUGUACAGGCAACUUAAAUGAUAGGGAAAUUAAAAUGUGCACAACUAUUUAAGACUUUAUGAUAUCUGUACCAUGUUUGGCAGAUUUUUUUUUUCUGUUUGUUGGUAAAAAGAAAUUGCAGACUGAAACUAAGCAGACUGAACUGAUCAGAGGACCUAAAUAAGAAAAAAUGUUUUGUAUGUUAAUACUGUUCAUGGAUUUUCCCAUAAUUCCUAUGAAUAUUUUUCUUUACUUAAAUUUGUGUUUCUUUGGUUUCAAAUGAUCAUAUUCUGACAUGUACAAUAAUUGGGGAGAAAAAAUAAAUACAUUUUCAGGUUUCA